UAGCGGUGUACUUGUUGUCAAAGAUUCGUCAGUUCUAUCCUCUACGCAGAUUUUGAUAAAACUGAUCAAUCCGCAAUUUGAAAAAAAAGAAAAUUCAAGGAAAUUGACACCAUAUGCAGAAAGCUACCAAUGCUUGACUCCAGAUGAUUAAUUUGUAAACAAGUUUAUGUUAGUAGUCUGACGUAAACUACUAGUACAGAGGUAGAUUUUGUGAGGAAAAAAAAAGGUUGUGUACUUAUUUCAGUCUACUUGCCUGACAUUUUUGCUGAUUGUCUUAUCAAUAUGAAUAUUUGUUUUAUUUACACAUCAUUAUGUAAGUUUGCAAGUAGGAUGUAUUUUUUCUAUCUUUGAAUUCCAUCCGAAGUUCUGUGAUGGGGAACAAUAUGACUGCCUUACCUGGUGAAGGUCGAGAGAAGUCCAAGCACAGGUCAGUGAACUUUGACAUGGGUGUAAAUGUCGACCGUGAACAAAGUGCAACCUUGUUUCCUAGGGAUUGUUCUGUGCGCGGGGAUGAGGUCCUUGAACCAAGGCAUGCCACUAUGCCAGUGAAAGUUGAGAAGGAAAAGAAAAAGAAAACACCAAGUUUAUCAACAAUAAAGAAAAAGCUUGUCGGGAAAAAACGGCACUCAAAAUCGCUUGACUAUGCACGUGCUAUCAAAGACGUGUUAUCCUCUUGGAACAUACGGGACGUUAAAGCUCUUGUAGAUGAGUAUGAAUCACUAGCAAUUUUGAAACAAAUGUCAAUCCAGACAACACUUGCUAGGCCAAAGACACUCCCUCUGAGUCAGAAUUUAGCUCGUCUCUACGAUUGUCAGCACUGUGCUGAUGUGGAUUUGGUAUUCCUUGGGACCGUGUUUCCAGUUCACAGAGCAAUUUUAUCGGUACGGUGUCGUUAUUUUCGGGACGUUUUUAGCAAAUAUCCAGAAUACUGUAGCAGCAUUCCAAUUAAACAGUUACCCGGUGUCAGCGUCACCAUGUUCUCGGUUUUAUUGAAGUAUUUGUAUACGGGAGAAAUUGACACCCACAAUCCACGAUUAGAAAACCUUGAUGUGUUAAUUCAACUAGGAGAUAAAUUUGGUACACCUAAUAUUUUAGAGCAAGAUCUUAAGUACUUACUAGACACUGGUGAAUUCGCAGAUGCUGUUGUCGUAUUUGCAUCAGAUUCCCACUCCAAACAAAGUGAACGAAACAUGCCCAUUUGUCCCAGUAGAUCCACCAGAAACACAUUCCUAUGUCACAAGGCGAUCUUAUCCGCAAGGUCACCAUUCUUUCGCAACCUGUUGCAACGAAAACAGCGGGAAUCGGAGGAGAGGAGAGAAAACGAACUACCGAAAAAGACGAAGAUAGUACUCGAUGCUAAUGUGAUACCAAAAAAAUAUGCCCAUGUAUUGCUAAAUGCAAUCUAUUUAGACACAUUGGACUUGUCAUUGAUAAAAGAUGACUACCUUGAGAGUAGCAGUCUAGGUGAGGCCCAAGCUAUGGUUCUAGGGAGAAAACCAAUUUCACGAAUUGAUCAAGCCAUGGAGUGUUAUCAAAUUGCACAGUUCCUGGACAUGACAUCUAUGGCACAAGCUUGUGAAGAUGUGAUCGCAGAGAGUAUAAAUACGGAGAAUAUAAUUGCUAUUCUGAGUUGGAGCUCUCUGCCACACGGCUCAAGUUGGGUCCAUCGUCAGGCCAUGCAUUACCUGAAGGAAGAGUUUCUGGCUGUCAUGGCUUCUCCGACGCUGUGUGACAUUACGAAGGGAGACUUACUAACAGCACUCAAGUCUGACUUCCUACAGGCAAGUGAGCUUGAGGUACUCAAAGCUGUGGUCAAAUGGGGAGAACAGCAACUUGUCAAGAAGAUGGAAGAACGAGAGCCAAAUGUUGUUAGCAACACUCAGCACAGCUUAAGUCGCAAAGGUAUUAAACGGCGUGACUUGGACAAUAUGGAACUGCGGGAAAUUCUCAGUGACAUUAUACCAUACGUACGAGUGCAGCACAUCAUUCCACGUAAUCAUGAUAUUCUAAACAGUGCCAUCAAGCGAGGAUUGAUCCCAAUGCUUCCGUCACAUAUGGUUGACGGGGAAGAAGCAUCAUCGGUGAACUACUGGGUGAAAGGUAAAUCAAGACGCCGGUAUCCGAGACCUCGGCUGUUCAGUCCGUACAUGGAAGAGGCAAAGGCCAUGCUGGAAGAACAGAUGGCAGCAGAAAUGGAGCUGGUUCGUCUACGUAUGAUUCGCAUGUCACAUGUCCCAGAUACGCUAUACAUGUUAGAUGAUACUAAGUACUCAGCUAGCCAGCGAGGGCAGUGCUCAUCCUACCCACCAGCAAUUGCUGCGAGUAACUUACCAGUACCUGAUGAUUCCACGAUAGCUGCAAUGUUACAACGAGAAAAAGAACUGCGACGGUGCAACCUCACCCAGCGAGCAUAUGCUCUUGUACAUACAGACAGCGCAGCUGUUUCCCGGGAGAUUCAUACCAGGGUAGUCCGCGAGUUUGGACUGCCCGAUGAAGCAGUUGAGAUUUUCCAUAGCGUACCGGAGCAUUAUGGGGAAGAUCAAAGUGGAGAGGCCGAGGAUGAUAUGUUUGGAAGAGUUUGGGAUGUUCAGCAUGAUAUGCAAGAUGGUACUGUUAGUGCUACGCCGGACCCACCCGAGGUUGCAGCUGCGGCCCAGGUUGUACCCAUGCUUAGUGACAUCAUGCCAGAUAUAGCAAUCCCAUCCAGUCCUGACAUCACCAUAGCAACAGCACCAUCUGUCAAUCAAAUGCUGCUGCAAGAACCAGAACUGGGUGAUGGACACUUCUCACGUAGGAAAAAGCUGAGUAACAAGCCAGCCCACAGUAGACGUGAUACUAAUGCAUGUACCGAUGUGUAACUUGUGUGUGUAACAAAUCAAUUUUAACCUAAAUUGUACUUGCCUUCAUUAUGUUCAAGAAGAAAGGGGUUUAGUGAAUAUUUUAAUGGAAAAAAAAUUUGUAUUUCUUGUAUAUAGUGUGUUUAUUAUCACCUAUUGUGCUAUGAUUUUGCCCUCCUUCAGUGUUACAAGCUAAACCUAUUGCUGUUUUUUCUCCUUCAGAGACCUCCAGUCAAAAUUGAAGGUGCAGAUAAACAAAUUUAUUUUAUUCUCUUCAAUGAAAAUAACAAUAGUGUAACUUUAAAAUUGUUGACAUGUUCUGAGUUUUGCUUUCAGUAGAAAGAUGAGGUUCUCUAAUGAAAGCAGUAAUUUAAUCAGAAAGCAAAACUGCUAAUAAAUGAUGUGUGACUAGCUCAUUGGUGGGAAAAUGAAAGUGGGUAUCAUUUAUUCUGGGAAAAAGUAUGGAAGGCCUGUAAAUUUUGGCUCAAACCCUCCCAUUUUGUUUGUGGACUAUAAUAUGGAUUUAUAGAGCUAUGGUAUUUUCUGGUAUUUUAAUUUACCAUACUGUUCUUAUACGCAACAAAUGUCUAAAUUAAGUCUAAAUGCAAGUGGGGGGAAACAGUGUACUGUUACCUUGACUUUAUUAACAACCUUUGAAAAGUGUUUUUUUCCUCAAACAAUUAUUUUAUUUGUAAAAUAUUCAAUUUAUAUACAAAACAUAUCAGUGAUUGUAAGUGCUGUGUGUAAAGUGUCAAUGAAUUAGAGCAGCCAAAUUAUUUUAAAAAAUUCUAUUGUAAUUAUAAUAUUUUCACAAUAGCAUUGAGGUUCAGGGAAUCAUUGUAUUGUUACAGAUUGCAUUACUAAAUCCUUUAACACAUCAGCUCAAUACAUGAACACUAUAGAGCAAUGGCUGAUGUAUUGCUUCUAAUAUAUUCAGUAUAUAACAUAGUUAUACUACAUAUUUUCUUAUGGCAUUGGGUGGAUUGCUAAAAGCAGUCUUGAUUGUUAAGUUUAUUGGGUCAAUUCGAUACCUUCAAAACAUAAUACAAACAAGAUCAUUACAUUCAAUUACAAAGAAAAGAAAACAAUACAGGGUCGGAUAUUGUACAUGAAAUGUCAGGAUUACCCUACUGAUGGUCAUUUGGUUUCCAGUAGGCUGAAUAUUGAUUAUAGUCCAUUGUUAUACCACAGUCAAUUGUUUACCUACCUAUAGUUCUGAGCGUGCUCAGACGAGGCGCAGGCGAUCAGCGUGGCUUUCAUCAUGGACACAAACUUGAAAAUGCAUAUAAAAUGUAAAUUUUCCUUUCAGACAAACCCUGCACUUCAAAAUGCAUGCCCAUAGAAUGUUUUUUUUUUGCUGGAGAUAAGGUUGGACAACAUUGUGGAUUUUCUUUUUUACUGACAAUCUUGCAUGUGAAUUUAUGAUAAAAAUGCUUGCAGGGGUCUUUAGUCUCCCAGAACUACCGGGAGUCUCCCGCAAAUCGGUAUUGUCUCCCGAACUCCCGCAAACAGCAAAAAUCUCCUGCAAAUUCACUUAUCUCUCGCAAAUUCGGUAAAAAAAAAAAAUCUUUUUGUGAUAUUUAGGCCUAAACUUUGGUUGCUGAUUAUUUUUUGCAGUCUGACAGUGCCAUUUCCGGGCUUCUAAAGGUGCCUAUUCUAAAAAAAAAUGUCAUCACCUCAUGGUGGGCCUUAGGUGUGCGUGGCCCUUUGUUUGGUACCUACACUUUUUCCUCAUAGAAUAUAUAGCGCCCCUAAUGUCAUUAAACGAAUCUCUCGGAAAUGGGUUCUUUCAACUUGGGACCCAUGUGCUUGUGAAGCAUUAAAAUGCACGGUUGCUUUUCAAUACUCAGUAAGGUCAUAGCAAUGGUUUUUACAUUGAUACAUAAGGAAAGUUAUGAACUCUGAACUCCCCUUUAAUCAGUAUAAAAGCAGGGGAAAAUGCAUUUAAUGCAUUUUUUAAUAAUAUAAUACACUUUUAUUAAAAAAUAGAAAGAAAAGAAAUAACAUGUUUCCUUUGCUGAAAUGUAAUUAUUUAGUACUAUGUAUUUUUGAACUUGGUAUGUGUGUGUUUGUUUUUUAACAUGUUUCAUCUAUUUUUGUAAAUGUUUCCCCAUUCUAACUUGUAGAUAUGCUGCUAAAAUAUGACCUUGGUGUAAGUAUCUUGUAACUGAAAGUAAAGAACUUAUUUUAAUGCAUUUCUAUGGUAGUUUUUUUUUUGUAAGGGAAUAUAGAUUUAAAUAUAUCCAGUGGUUUGUAGAAAUUCAACAUUGGGUAAAUAUUUGUUUUAAUUGUACAUUUAUAUCGUCAUUAGUGAAUAAUUAAUUUAGAAUAUGCCUAUUUAUAUUUUCAACACAUCUAAUUGAUAGUAAUUGUCAUAAACAUUUAUAAACUUAACAGUUUUAUGUACUACUGUUAAGUGUGUGCUAUGAGUGCUCUCUUGGAUUAAGAAUUAGCGCACUGCUUAUUGUUGUUAGGGAGCUUUUGAUUGCACGACGACGGUAGGACGUAGAAUGUAGUGACGUCACUCAGAAGUCAUCAGUUCUCGUCGCCUGGAUUGUAUGACACAAUUUGGCCAAAUCUAUGUUGUGCAGCGAAUGUAGUGCGGUCACGCAUGAGUGAUUCAGUUCUAGCGUUGUGGCGUCGCGCAAAUCAAAAGAUCGCUAUUGUUAUUCAUGAGUUACAGUUGUCUAUCUUGACUGCAUCAUUCACAAGUUAUUUUUCUUUUGACUAUAUGAAUAUUCACUAGUUAUACUGUAUGAAUAUUCAUUAUUUAUUUUUCUGUUAUUUUUCAUAAUGUUUUUUUUAAUUUUUCUUGUCUCCUGGGGCAGAUGCAGGAUUUGGUGGUAGAGGGUGCAUGAAAAUCCACACCACCUCAGGCCCACCAUUGUUGGGGCUGAGCCUCAGGCCCACCAUUGUUGGGGCUGAGCCUCAGGCCCACCAUCGUUGGGGCUGAGAUGAGAACAUUUUUAGAAUACAAACCUCAAGGUGCCUGGAAAUUGUACUCUCAUACUUUUAAAAUCUUGCUAUAUUUUUAUUCAAUGAUAAAAAUAAGAUAUCAACAAUACAAUAACAAUUAUUUUUCUUAAUACAAUUAGGGAGUGUACAAUCGAACCAUCUGCUCCACCUGUAUCCGCCCCACGUCUCUGUUUACUGUUCUAAUUGCUUUAUUUAUUUUCAUGUAGGAAUACUUUAAAUCCCUUUGUUUUCGUGUGCCCUUAAUUUUCGCGAUAAAACAACGAUCGAGAAAAUUAAGGGCACGAAAAUCGUAAAAUUCUGAAUGAAACUUUUGUCUUCAAAAGGCAGCGAAGUAUUUAAAAUUGUGAAAUUGCGAAAAUAAAGGGCUUUACAGUACAGGUAUUCAAAACUAUAUUUUGUUCAUGAAGUUAUUUUCUCUUUACUAUAAACAUUUAUAUUUUCUCUGUGUUUUCUGUAUAAAUAUUAUAUUUUUUACUUAUCAAUGUUUUAUUAUAUUUUUGAGGUUUAUAAUGAAUUAUUCAAAUUUGUUUAAAAACAUACCUUUGUAAAUAUUGAUAAGCUUUUAUCGCCAUGCUACUUAUUGAAUAUUUAAAGCUCUUCUAUUAUAUAUUUAUAGAUAUUCAUAUGCUAUUACAUUUAAUGUAUCCUAUGUUUCAUGAAUGAUGAAUUAGUCCUUGUCGGUAUUCAAACUGUAUAUUGUAAAUGUACUACUUUUUUACCAUUCAUUAAUUAGUUUUCUGGUUGGUGCAUUUCUUUGCUAGUUGUUCAUGUAAGAACAUACUUGAUAAUACCUUCAUUUAUUU